AUGAUUUCUGAACCCUUCAUCAACACAGUCGAUAGGCAGGGUCCUGUGCAGGACUUGGACCCGCAGUCAAAGAGUCUGUGUACCAGCGAUUGGGUAGAUAAGCUCCAAACGCCCUGCAUUCUUGGACAGAAGAGUCUUAAACCGGGAGACAUCUUCUAUGAAGACUUUUGGCAUGAGAGCAAUCUGGCCUUGGACAUCAGAUCCAACGUUGAGGAAGAAGAAGCAGCUGUCGCUGACAGUACGUCUUUCACACUUGAUUUCAACGCAAACGGGACAGACAACCAUCAUUCUGCCAUAGAUGCGUCUGCUGUGAUCGACUGCAAGCGAAAGCCUUUCGGGGAAGUCGGAGCACGCAAUAGCGCGAAGAACAGGUGGACCAAGGAGGAGCACGCCAAAUUCCUAGAAGGGCUGAAUCAAUUCUCUCCGUGCCAUUCAGUACCCUUCCACAUGGAUGGGACCCUCAAGGUGGGACUGGGCUCUGGUGUGGCUGAGCAGAUAGCAAAGAUUGUCGGCACGCGGUCUGCCAUCCAGGUGCGGUCUCACGCGCAGAAGUAUUUUGUGAAGCUCUACCGAAAGAUGGCGAAACAAGCUCGUGGGCUACAGGGAUGA